CAAAUACGACAGUAGUUUGUCUUGUCAGAAGUGUCUGAGUAAACGUGGAAAACUGAGUGUACUGUUUACGGAUGCGAAGUUGUACACAACCCAUCUGUUAUUGUCAUUUGAAGUCAGUUGAUUAUCAAUAUGCGUCUCAAAAAAAAUGAUCCUGGAGCUGCUCAGUACGGAAAUUUUAUAAAUUAUUAUCAAUUUCACCCUACGGAAGCAAGAAUAAAGUCCUUACCAACAGAUGUUUGGAAUGUUAAGGCAGGCGAAGACAUGCUUUGCCUCGAUGUGGGAUCUAACUCGGGGGAACUGACACAAGCAUUAUAUGAAUUCAUCUUGUCAAAUCUGCAUACAGUAGAUGAUGAAAAUAAAGUGGACAGUCUGCAAAACUCGCAAUGUAAAGGAAGCAAUUGUUACUUUUUAGGUCUGGAACUAGAUCCAUUGCUCACUGAAAGAGCAAAAAAUAGUAACAGAUAUGUCUCCAGUAUACAUUACCAUUGCCUCAAUUUUAUGACUGAUGACAAACUAACUGUUCUGAAAACAUAUCUUAAACAACAUGGGAAACAAAACUUUGAUGUGAUAUUCUGUUUUUCAGUGACAAUGUGGAUACAUUUAAAUUAUGGAGAUGAAGGGUUGAUUAAAUUUCUUAAGGACUUAUGUGCAUGGACGAAAGUUUUAGUGAUUGAACCACAACCGUGGAAAUGUUACAGAGCAGCAGCGAGAAGGUUGUGGCGUGCUAAGGGCGAAACCUUUCCUGAAUUGGAUGCGUUAACAAUAAGGCACAAUGUAGAGACUGAAAUUGAAGACAUUCUUGAAAAGAAAUGUAAUUUUAGUAAAGUAUUGGAAACUACUUCUGAAGACUGGAAAAGGAAAAUAAUAUUUUUCAGAAGACACGACUCCUAGUAAAAUGUGCAGGUGAAAAGUUAUCAACAUGAUUACACCUGUAUUCCCAUUAGCCUUUCUUUAUUUCAGUAGAUAAAAUGCCAGUAUUUUUUUAAUAGUAAAAGUUAUGAAGGUCAUACACUUUCUGCCCAUACAGCAUGAUGCACUACAAUCUAACUUGUGGGACAGGAAGGUGAGCCAGACCUAGAUCAAAUCUGCAUGGCAGGUUAAUGAGUAUUGCUGGUGCACCAGCCAACCUGGAUGUGGUUUUUAAGCAGUUUUCCUGGCUCAUUUAGGCAAAUGCUAAGCUGAUCCCCACUUUCUGCCUCAGAUAAUGCAUUACACAAACAUUUAAAAUACAAUCACACACAGGACAAAGUUUACACAAUUUGCAGACAAGAGAUACACAUGGCUUCCCUUCUUUAGGUAACUGAUGACUGCAGCAACAAGGAGGGCAACCCCACAUAAUAAAAUGAAAUUUCGGGUGCAAUAGAGCCAGAAUCUUAAGUCAUGAUAAACACUAAAUAUAAGAAGAAUAAUAUAAGUCACACACUUAUGCGAACAAUUAUUGUCCUUUAAUGUAUUCCACAUUCAUCUGCUUGCAUUUCAUUUUGCUCCAAAUUAUUGCUUCACUAUUUUCUUUGAUGUUCUCAAAAAUUACAACUUUUUCUUCCUUCUUUCAAUGAUGGAAAAAAUUGUAUUGUAAACUUGAUUUUUUUGUUUAACUUGACCAUAUGAAACACAUUUCAGAAUCUUUCUGCGAGUUUUCACCAUCAGUACCUUAAAUAAUCCCUCUCUCUCUCUCUCUCUCUCUCUCUCUCUCUGUGUGUGUGUGUGUGUGUGUGUGUGUGUGUGUGUGUGUGUGUAGUAGUAGUAGUAGUAGUAGUAGUAAAAAAAGGGGAAGAAAAACGAAAACUCAUAUACAACUGAUGUUUAUUCUUCAUAAUUUUCAUUGCUUACUUCCAAUUGUUUGUUGCCUUCAGAGUGUAUGUGAGGCACAGGCGCACUGUGCAUUCACUGCUAACCUUCCGUGUUACGUGCAAAGCUACCCCAAGUGGAAGAGGCAGAAUGUAAGUCAGAAUGAUUUUGAGAGUUAUAAACAGCUAUUUCCAGUCAAUGGAAAAUGCUCAGAAACUGUUGUCUCAUCAUGAUUGUACCAUGUUUGAGCAACUCAAGAUCUGUUUGGGAAGUGUGGAGCUCAACUUGAUGUCUGAACAUUGGAUUUAGGUUUCCCAGUGUUCCCCAGAAUAACAAGUGAAUGCUAAGUAGAUACAUUAAUCAAGGUUAUGCCCAAUACUUUUUCCACCUAUAUUUCUCCAGUUGUAACUGAUAUCAGACUGUAAUAACCUGACUGUUAAUAGUGCGUUAAACUCUACUCUUGAGGUGCACGAUUAUUAAAUGUUUCUGCCAGCUUUAACAUACCAUGCAGCUUAGAGUUUAAGUGUACUCUGCAGUAGAGUUGAAAAGACACAAUACAUAUCUAGUGAUCUUAUUUUUCUGUGCUAUCUGAUGUCUUCUUUUUUAAAAAAAAGUCACGUAUUCUGCCAAAAGUUGCUGUGUUGUCUACUUUGACAGAAUUCAAGCUGUAGAACGUUACUUAUGCAAGCUACUGUGUUUCCACCCCCAAUCUCACGGUUAAUACUCAUGCACAAUGAUAGAAUACCCCAUGCAUCAAAUUCGGUACAGUUUCUACAGUAGUUUGUCAAAUGAGAGACUUGGUGGAAGAGAAUAAUCCAUGAAAUCUGACAUGUUUUCAUUGGCAUUAUGUUGUUAUUAACAGUUGAAUAUCACUUUCAUUCUCACGAAACAGAUAUUCAUCAUGACUGUGGGUGUUAAAGACCUUUAUGUGUGGAAUGGUAUAUUUUGUCCAGACUUCUCAAGUUCUCAAAAAAAGGUCACAAAGAACAUCAAUGGAACAUAGCUUGUUGGAAUGCAAAGUUCUCCUUUGGUGAAACAAUGCAUUUCCAAGGGCUCACCAAAGCUAUGUCUGUGUGGGAUUCCUUUGUGAAAUAAUCAAUUAAGCUGUCUCUUGCACUACACUAAAGACAACAUGAAACAUUGACCAUGGAAUACUAUACUGUAUAGAAAUGAAACAUGAGGACUGAAAAUGCAGAAGACAUUUGAAAUGUGUUUAUUCAGGAGGGCUUCAAAAGUUCUGUAAACAGAACAGUGAAAUGGAAAAGUAUUAAUUAUGACAGAUCCACUAGAGAGCUUGGUGGAAAAACUGUUCUAGAAGAAGGAACUGGUGGACGAUGCUCUUCCCAAACCUGAGGGCAAAAUGUGUGAGAAAAGACAGAAACUGAACACAUUGCAUAAAUCAUUGGUAAGUUUGGAUAGGUUUGACAUGGAAGCAUGUGGAACUCCACUGAGGGUCCUCAAGGUACAGAAUUACUUUUGUACAGAAUAGCUAUAGAGCAGCAGUUGAAAUUGACCAAAGUUGUUGUAGACAUUGCACUUCUGUCAUCUGUUUUGUGAAUGAAAAUUCUUCCAAUAAAUACUCUAGAUAAAA